GACCACCGCCGGUUCUUGCAGUAACCCGCCGCACGGCGGCCUGGCAGCAGCACCGUCUCUCCCUGCUUCUCGGCCUGCCCGGAACCUCGUGCCCUUCCAGUCGCCUUCCCCAGGUUUUCAACUACUGAUGCUACAAACAAUAAAAUACUGGAGUAUACAGUUGAGGAAAAGACUUAAACCAGAUUUUUCUUCGAUCAGUUAGGAAGUAUGGAGCCUGAUACAGUGGCACCGCAGCCCAUCAGAGUGACACCUGUUCAGCAGAUGCUUGCUUCCUGUGCAGGAGCUGUGUUGACUUCCCUAAUGGUGACCCCCCUGGAUGUUGUUAAAAUUCGGCUCCAAGCUCAACAUAAUCCAUUCCCCAAAGGAAAAUGUUUCGUGUACAGUAAUGGCCUCAUGGAUCACGUGUGCGUCUGUGAAGAGGGAGGCAACAAAGUGUGGUAUAAGAAGCCAGGCAACUUCCGGGGUACAAUGGAUGCCUUCUUAAAAAUCAUUCGAAAUGAGGGAAUUAAAUCCCUGUGGAGUGGGCUUCCCCCUACCCUAGUGAUGGCGGUUCCUGCUACAGUUAUCUAUUUUACCUGCUAUGAUCAGUUAACUGCUGUUCUGAAGUCUAAACUAGGAGAAAAUAAAACCUCCAUCCCAAUUUUUGCUGGAAUUAUAGCCAGAUUUGGUGCAGUCACUGUGAUAAGUCCCUUGGAAUUGAUUAGAACCAAGAUGCAGUCUAAGAAGUUUUCUUACAAGGACCUGCAUCGCUUUGUCAGCAAGAAGGUGUCUGAGGAUGGCUGGAUUUCCCUUUGGAAGGGCUGGGUGCCUACAGUUCUCAGAGAUGUACCUUUCUCAGCACUGUACUGGUACAACUACGAAAUUUUAAAGAAAUGGUUGUGUGAGAAAUCUGGUUCAUACGAACCAACGUUUAUGAUCAACUUUACUUCAGGGGCAUUGUCUGGUUCUUUUGCAGCUAUUGUAACUUUACCAUUUGAUGUCGUAAAAACCCAAAAGCAGACACAACUUUGGACACAUGAAACUCACAAAAUUCCUGUGCCUUUGCAAAUGUCAACCUGGGUUAUAAUGAAGAACAUUGUUGCGAAAAAUGGAGUUUCUGGAUUAUUUACAGGCCUGAUACCUCGCUUGAUUAAAAUCGCCCCUGCCUGCGCUGUUAUGAUCAGCACAUAUGAAUUGGGAAAGGCUUUUUUCCACAAACAGAACGCUCAGAGGCAGCAGUAGUGGUGAUGCUG